AUGCGCACUCAGGUCCCGCCCAACAGCGAAUCCAUUAUCACGUUCGCAACAGAUUUUCAGAGGAUCAUUAACCUGGAGAUAUCAAAGGGACGAUACAUCGGACCACUCACACGCGAAGAUGUUGAGGCCUUUUUGGGUCCAUUUCAGUCAUCACCACUUGCCAUCAUCCCAAAACCUGGCAGACCAGGUCGUUUUCGUUUGGUACAGAACUUCUCGUUCCCACACGCUAUAUCCUAUCAAUACCCGAAUGCAUCUGUCAACUCAGCAGUUGACUCGGAUGACUUUCCAUGCACAUGGGGAACGUUCAACAUUGUUGCACUCCUCAUCUGUCGCCUUCCUCCGGGUUCACAGGGUGCAACGCGGGAUGUUGCAGAAGCAUACCGUACUGUUCCAAUCCAUUACACGCAGUGGCCAGGGGCAGUGGUGCGAGUUAGCCAGAGCCGCUACUGCAUUGAUACAGCAGUAUGUUUUGGUGAAUCGCCAUCAGUGGGGACAUAUGGGUAUGUGGCCGAUGCAGGUGCAGAUUUAUUCAGAUCCUAUGGAAUCGGGCCACUUUCAAAAUGGGUGGAUGACCAUUUCUUCUUCCAUAUUCUCAGAGUACAUCUGCAUCGGUACAACCACAGUCGAAAACUCUGGCAUGAUGACAUCACCACAUGUGGUCAGCAUCAUAAUGGCGGACACAUAUGGUAUGGUGGACAAACCUUCGAUGACAGUACCCUCGAGGAGUUCGACGAUGACUGUCAGUUUCCCAUCAAAGACUUGUCUGCUCUCUCUCCUCGCUCGGAAGCCGACAAGGCCUAUACAUACUGUUUCGCAGAUAUCGACAGGCUCUCUGAGAACCUGGGUUUCCCGUGGGAAUGCAGCAAAGAUACAUUGUUCGCGUCAGUGUCGGUCUACAUUGGAUUGUCGUGGGAUCUGCAGGAGCUCACGGUUGGACUGGGGAGCAAAAAAAGGCAGAAAUAUCUCAGUGCAAUCCAAGAAUGGCAGUGCCGGGUGACGCACAAUCUCAAAAAUGUGCAGAAGCUCUACGGCAAGCUCCUCCACACCUGCCUGGUCAUACCGAGAGGCCGAGCAUACCUCACCGGACUGGAGGCCAUGCUUGGACUCUGCCGUGAUCGUGUUUUCAUGCAGUAUUCCCCCGUCAAAGAGAUCACUGAAGACCUCAUCUGGUGGCACCAAAUCCUCUGCUGA